UUUUGUUUCAUUUCAUGUUUUUUUCUUCUUUUAGGGGUUGUUAUCAUACUAUUCUUCUUGUUUUUUUUUCAUAUAAAUCUAAGCUUUUUUGCCAUCUAUAGAGAUUGAAUUAGAGGAUAUAUGUCUGAAAUUUGGGAUUUUUUUUUUUGUCAAAAUUUGCUGGCUAUGUAUGAAUUCUUAUGAGAUAAGGCAAAGAAUAAUUGUGCUGCUCUUUUUGCGGCUGAGUUUUUUUUUUUUUUUCACUUUUUGUUUUGCUUGGGCUGCCAAAUAAUCAGUGCUCUUUUCAGGAUUUUCUAACUUUUAUGUUCUUCUCAUAAUUUUCGAAGUGAUGAGAAUAGAUCCAAUAAUUGGAGAAAGAAAAUACCCAUUUACAUAUAUUUUUUUGUUGAUAUAUGUCGAAAUUUUGAUACACCCUCAUUUAAAUCAUUGGUUGGUAGCAGAUUAGAAGGAAGCAGCUUAUUCUGCUGGUAAAAUCUAGCAGGAUACCUGGAAUCAAGUCCCACCUUUAUUGGGUUAGGAAGGGAAGGGGAUGGGGGGGAGGAGGAGGGGAGGUUUAUGGGGCCCCUGAUUCUACAAAAAGUUGACAAAAGGAACUGGAAUGAAGAGCCAUGUUGUUGUAAAAAUUCAUGCCUUUCUUGUAUUCACAAAUUCUACUAUUAAAAAUCUUUGAGGGCAAAUUCCCUAGAUUCAUUAAACAGUAAAUACAACCAUCAUUGGCUUUGAAUCCUCUCCCCCCAAAUGAUAUUUAUGAUUAUUUUUAGCACCCUUCUAGUGGCAUCAGUUGAUACACCUAUAAGUUGAGUAAUGCUAUUGGGCACUACUUGGAUUGGCAAAAGUCGAAUCAAUAUGCAUCAUACCGUCUCCAUAUCAGCACAGAUAACUGACAGAGUGCUAAGAGUGCACAAUUGGUUUCUUGAUGGAGGAUCUUCCUGAAGUACUAGUUUUCGAUAUUCUCAAGAGAAUAAGUAACUCUGCUGACAGAAAUUCUGUAUCUCUUGUGUGCAAACGCCUUUAUGCAAUCGAGGGAGAACAGAGAGAUUUCUUAAGAGUUGGAUGUGGAUUACAUCCAGCUACAGAAGCAUUAACUUCUCUGUGCAUCCGCUUCCCAAACUUAAAGAAAGUAGAGAUAGUCUACUCUGGUUGGAUGUCCAACUUGGGAAAGCAAUUAGACAAUCAAGGCCUUCUUGUGCUCUCAUCCCACUGCCCUUGUCUUGCAGAGCUAACCAUGAGUUUCUGUUCAUUCAUCAAUGAUACUGGCCUUGGUUAUUUAGCUUCUUGCGGAAAGCUUAGAUCUCUUAAGCUAAAUUUUGCACCGGCGAUAAGUUCUAAUGGGAUUCUCUCACUUGUUGUUGGUUGCAAGAAUCUUUCCACCCUCCAUCUCAUUCGCUGCAUGAGAGUUAGCAGUGUCGAGUGGCUAGAAUACCUUGGUAAAGUUGGAACCCUAGAGGACCUCUCUAUCAAGAAUUGCAGGGCCAUUGGUGAGGAUGAUCUCAUAAAGCUAGGUCCUGGACUGAGGAAACUCAAGCGGUUGGAAUUUGAGGUGGACGCAUAUUAUAGGUACCCAAAGGCUUAUGAUCACUUUGUGGGGGAUAGAUGGAAAAGGCAUCAGAUCUGCUGUGAGGAGAUGAAGGAGAUUAGCUUGAUAAAUUGUAUUAUGACUCCGAGCAGAGGGCUUUCAUGCUUGUUAGGAAAAUGCCAGGCAUUGGAGAAGCUCCUCCUGGACAUGUGCAUUGGGCUAAAGGACAGCGAUAUGAUUGCAUUAUCUCAGCAGUCCAGCAACCUCAGAAGCAUCUCGUUACGCCUCCCUUCACAGUUUUUGGCACCUGUCUUAGUGAACACUCCAUUACGGUUGACUAAUGAGAGUCUGAAGGCAUUAGCUCGUGGCUGCCCCAUGCUCGAAGUGGUUGAAUUAUCCUUCUCUGAUGUAGAAUUCCCAUCAUUCUCUUGCUUCAGUCAGGAUGGUAUUCUAGUGUUGAUUCAAAGUUGUCCAAUUCGUGUUUUGACGCUUAAUAGCACUUGCUUCUUUAACAACAGUGGGAUGGAAGCCCUUUGUUCUGCGCAGUUUUUGCAGACACUAGAGCUUGUGAAAUGCCAGGAAGUCAGUGAUGAGGGUAUUCUGCUUGUCAUACACUUCCCUUGCUUGACUAAUCUUAAGCUCCGCAGAUGUUUAGGAGUGACAGACAAUGGAUUAAAGCCACUUGUGGGUUCGCAGAAAUUGGAGUCUCUGACAGUUGAAGACUGCACUCUGAUUUCUGAAGAAGGUGUUCAAGGGGCUGCAAGGUCCGUUUCGUACCGGCAAGAUUUAUCAUGGUUGUAUUGAAUUCUUGGUUCAUGCCUGUUUUGUAGGUCUAUAGCUAACGGCAGGCUUCUUGAAGAUGUGGAUGCUUCAGAGAUGGAGGCCUUCCAUCCAUUUAAGCAUGCAUUCAUGUGUUGUGAUUCUAUCAUAAUAGCUUUAUUUCCUGGUUGAAGGUGUUCUUUUAGGUUACAAGAUCUAAGAAAAAAUAUUUUCUUCUAAGUUCAGAGGAUUCCUGCAUCAAAGAGACCAGCCAGCUCAUCAUGACGAUAAAAGGACUCGAUGUGUUUCCAUCAGCUCUUGUAUGAAAAACAAUGUCCUAGGAAGCAAUUUGUGUAGGGUUUACACCCAUAUUCAAUGAGUUUGAACUUUGAAUGGAACAUUUGCUUCUCUUGAACCUGAAUUCAGCUUACACUAAUAAGAAGCAAAAAAAAAUUAUGCA